CACGUCGCACCCGCCAUGCGCCUCUCGCUGCUGCUGCCGCUGCUGCGGCCCGCGGCGCCCGUGGCCGUCGGGGUGUCGCUGGGGCUGACGCUCAGUCUGCUCAGCGCCGGCUGGGGCCAGGCGCCCUGCGGGCCGCGCGCCGCGCGCCGCCGCGGCCCCGCGCCCGCGCCCGCGCCGCGCGCCGGCCCCGCCCCCCACCGCCAACCGCCGCCCGCCGCCGCCUGGGAGCUGCGCGUGCUGCCCGCCCGGCCCGCCGCGCCCGCGCGCGCCGCCAGCAAGGCCGUCAGGACACGGUACAUCAGUACGGAGCUGGGCAUCCGGCAGCGACUCUUUGUGGGUGUGCUCACCUCCAAGAGCACACUGAACACGCUGGCUGUGGCUGUGAACCGCACGCUGGGGCAUCGGUUGGAGCGGCUGGUGUACUUCACGGGCACGCGGGGCCGCAAGGUGCCUCACGGCAUGACGGUGGUGACGCAUGGCGACGAGCGGCCCAUCUGGAACAUGUACCAGACCGUCAAGUACAUGCUGGACCACUACGUAGGCGACUUUGACUGGUUCUACCUGGUGCAGGACGACACCUACACCGAGGCUCAUCGCAUCAGCCGCUUGGUCGCCCACCUCAGCAUCGACACCCUCCUCUACCUGGGCCGGCCUGAGGAGUUCAUUGGGGGCGACACCGAGGGGCGUUACUGCUACGGUGGCUUCGGCUACCUGCUCUCCCGCAGCCUGCUGCUGCGCCUGCAGCCGCACCUGGAGAACUGCCGUAAUGACAUCCUGAGCGCCCGGCCCGACGAGUGGCUGGGGCGCUGCAUCAUUGACUACACGGCCAUCAACUGCGUGGAGGAGCACGAGGGCCUGCGGUACCAGUACUUUGAGCUAGGGAAGAACACGGACCCGGAGCGGGAGAGCGACCCCCGUUUCCAGAGCGCGUUCACUGCCCAUCCCGUGCUGGACCCUGUCCAGAUGUACAGGUUGCACAAGCACUUUGCCCAGGUGGAGCUUGAGAGGACGUACCAGGAGAUCCAGCAGCUCCAGCUGGAGAUCCAGAACACCAGCAGCCUGUCUGCGGACGGAGACCAUGGCGCCACAUGGCCCAUUGGCAUCACGCCCCCGUUCCAGCCCAAGACGCGCUUUGAGGUGCUGCGCUGGGACUACUUCACGGAGGAGCAGUUGUACUCAUGCGUGGAUGGCUCCCCCAAGUGUGAGCUGCGCGGCGUGGACAUGGCUGAUGUGGCUGACGUGGUGGCCAUGGCCAUGGAGGAGCUGAACCGCAAGUACCAGCCAGUGCUGCACAUCCGCAAGCAGCAGCUGGUGAACGGGUAUCGGCGCUUCGACCCCACACGGGGCAUGGAGUACACGCUGGACCUGCAGGUGGAGGUGGUGACACAGAAGGGGCACAGCCGCUCGGUCAUCAAGCGCGUGCACCUGGUACGGCCCCUCAGCGAGGUGGAGAUCAUCCCCAUGCCCUACGUGACUGAGGCCAGCCGCAUCAACGUCAUCCUGCCGCUGACGGCGCAUGACCGGGACUACGCUAGCCACUUCUUGGAGGUGUAUGCGGCGGCUGCCUUCGAGAGCAGCGAGAAUGCCGUGCUCACCUUCCUCUUCAUCUACGACCCCUUCGAGGCCCAGCAGGUGGCACAGAAUGACAUCUUCGCCCCGGUCAAGGCCAGGAUUGCCGAGUACGAGCGCAAGUACACCGAGGUGAAGAUCCCCUGGAUCAGCGUCAAGACGGACGCACCCUCCCAGAUCAAGGUCAUGGACAUCAUCUCCAAGAAGCACCCCGUGGACACGCUUUUCUUCGUGGCCAGCGUGGACACCGAGGUCACCACCGACUUCCUGAACCGCUGCCGCAUGAACACCAUCAACAGCUGGCAGGUCUUCUUCCCCAUCCACUUCCAGGGCUACAACCCGGCCAUCGCCUACCACAACCAGGCGCCGCCCGCCGCCCUGGAUCUGAUGCGGGAUGCUGGGCGCUUUGACCGAGAUGUCUUCCACGAGGCCUGCUUCUACAAUGCUGACUACAUGGCAGCACGCACCCGCAUGGCAGGCGACGCGCAGGAGAACGAAGACAUCUUGGAGACCCUGGAGAUCUACGACAUGUUCAUCAAGUACUCCAGCCUGCACGUCUUCCGGGCCAUGGAGCCUGCCCUGCUGCAGCGCCACCGGCCGCACCUCUGCAACCCCCGCCUCAGCGAGGAGAUCUACCACCGCUGCAUGCAGAGCAACCUGGAGGGGCUGGGCUCCCGCUCACAGCUGGCCAUGGUGCUCUUCGAACAGGAGCAGGGCAACAGCACCUGAGCUGCAGAAGGGGCUGGCUCAGCCAGCCUCCCCAUGGCCUGCCCCACCUGCUCUGCUGGCUCUGGUUGUUCUCCCCCUCGUGGUGCAGCAGGCAUUCUGCUGGCCCAAGGGGAAGCUCCCUGCAGACAAUGGGCUGGAUGGGGGCAGGGGAGUGUGGGGGGUGGGCUCAGACCAUCUAGCUCUAGCCAGCUGGCACUGGCUGGGCUGGGGCGCUGAUAGGGGACCUGUGAUAUCCUGGGGCUGGGAGACUCAUCUGGGAGCCAGGCCAUCUGGGUUCUGCUCCCAGCUCUGCUCUGUACCCUGUCUGGUCUCAGUGUCUCCCUCCCCCCUCUUUCCAUGGGACAGUGACAAUGAGCAGCCCCUGGGAGUGGGGUUCAUGGGGUCUGGCCCUUGCACUUGUCCUGACGCUGGGCUGGGCAGGGUCCCAGGGCAGGUUCAGGGCUAGCGCCAAAACCUCUGCUUCCAUGAAAUGGCCGUGGAAGGCUGAGGGUGACUGGUGGAGGAGGCUGGAGACUGCAGUGGGGCUGGGGCCUCUCCCUGUCUCCUCCACACAGCGCGUCGGCCAUGUUGGGGAUGCCACCUCCUGGAGCAGCAUGGACCCUCUGCUCCUGUGUGCACGGGAUGCCUGGCCCUGCCUGCAGUGUGCAGCUUUGCCGGGCUUUGCGUGUUGGUGAGUGUGGGGCAUUGAUGUGGGUAGAGUGACUUGUGGGGUCAGGGCUGGCCAUGUGACACCAUCCCACAGAGAGGUGCAGCACUCCCUGUCUCUUGCCCUCUGCCCCAUAGACUUCGCUGGCUCCAGUGGGCUGAGGCUCCCCUCCCACGGCUGGCAGGGUGGGGCUCCAGCCUUGGAGCAUGUGGCUUUAAAGAGUAAUUGCCUGGCUUUGCACCCCAGGUGCUGGCCACCUGGGAUUGGAGGCUCUGAGAACCCCCUGUUUGGUACAGUGUGGGGUGCUCCUGCCCUGUCACUCAGCCCCUCACCCACGGAGUCCCUGGGGUGCUGCAGGGCAGGAGGGAUUAGAGCUGGAGGCCCUAACAGGCCCGAUCCAGGGCUCUGUGUCCCAGGGAGCUCAGGGUGCUGGCUCCUGGCGUGAGUUCCUGAAAGCGCAGUAUGGGCUCUGGGCAGCUGGAACCUGGUUAAACCUGCAGCUGUAGAGCAGGGGAGGGUUUCUUUGGUACGUAUGGAGCAGUGCAUUUAAUGGCAGUGCAUUGCAGCUCUGGCCAUAACCUGCUGGCCUAAGCACUCCAGGCUUUGGGGGGAGGGGGAAGCUUACAGGGCUCGGGCCCCAGGACGUGUGGGUGCAGGGAGGACCGGGGGUCCCUCUAUUCACUAACUGUGUGCUGCUCCCCAUGGGAACUGUGACCCAGGCCGUUUUGGCCUCUGCAGUAUUUUAAUAGGACGGGAGGAGGCUGCAGCCCUCAGAUGAGAGCUUUCCAUGGGAGGUUUGAGCUGUCUCUGCCGCUGGCCCAGCAGGCCUGAUGCAGCCACCCCUGCUGGUGCUGUCACCCUUGGGGCUCUCCGUGUCGCUGCUCGCAGGGCUGCAUGAGGGGACGGGAUCCUGUCCCCACUGGCCGCAGGCAGAGCCCUGUGUAGGGACACGUCUGCUGGAACGGGCCCUUCUCCGAGCAGGCAUUGACUCCUGGCUUCUUCGUGGAGCUGUGCUCUCUGCACUGAGCACGCUGGGUGGGGUGGGUGAUGCCCGGGUCUGACCCCAGUCAAUGCUGCUGGGGCUGCCAGAAAGAACGGGACAGAUCGGCUGCAAUGUGCGUCUCCAAGGAGCAAGUGACAGAGGAGCCAGACUUGGCUCCAGGUUUAUAUUUAAUGGCAGGGGUUGGGUUAUUGUGUUUACACUGCAAUAAAACGGAAAGGAUGAA